CCUAGUGAAAUCGAUACACGAUAGGUUUUCAGCUGCGCAAACGACUCAUCAACGUUUUUUCCCGUCCCGAAGAAUUUAAAAAGAAUUUUCACGUUCGCGGAGUGCUUAAAUCGAGGCGGAAAAAUCGGGUUGGCUUUUCCGGGCGGCGAUCGCCACUGCGAGUUGGAAAAUGCGAAAGUGCGGCGCUGAUAAGUGGAAUUCGGUCGACUGCCGCACGACGACGUCAUCCUCAGUCACAAACACACACACUCACACACACACGUAAAUAACCAGGUGUGCAGGGAGAAUUCAAAUUCGUUGAGAUUGUUGUAAAUUAUGAAAGCAAUUUAUCAAGCGGAAACUGGAAAUCGAAAGAGCUGGAAAAAAGGGGAAGCAAAAGGAGGAAGAACGGCGGAAACAACAACGAUUGCUGCGGAGGAAGAGAGAGAGCGCGAGAGAUAAACGCGCCUCGAUCAACGAAUACAUAAAGAGUGCGACAGAGAGGCAGAGAGAACAGUCGAGGGCACAUAAUUAUCUCUACUUUUGCUGGAUAUCUGUUGCUUGUUUUGACCUUUCGCAACUAUUCCCUCGAGCAUUUCUGUAGAGCGGAAAUCCCCAGAGGGAUAUGGAAAUGGACACCCGCGUGGAACUCGAACUGGAGCCGGUUGGCAAGGAGAUUAAGUUGAAGGAUCAGCCCGAGGAUGAGAGGGAACCCGAGGAGAACCAGCUGCAGCUGGAGCAGAAGAGCCUGCUCACUCCGGUGAAGAUCAUCCCUGCUCAGGCGGGAAAUGCCGACUUGGAGGAGACGCCCAAUACGCCCAGGACCCCGCCACCGAUGAGCUUGCAGCCGGGAACAUCUCGCCAGCUCUUCAGGGAGGCUGCCCUGGCCCACGGAGGCCAGGAGAGCACAUCCCUGCUGCAACAGGAGCUUAACAACAUAGCCGCCACCCAAACACCGGCCUCGAAACUGAGAAGUGCCAGCUCCACACUGGACGCCAGUGUCUCCCGGAAUCCCUCCACCACCGGCGGCAAGCACGAGAAGAAGCUCGGCCACCGCAGAGUGGCGGAGGGCGGCGAGGUUACCUACAAGAAGAUCCAGUCCAAGCAGAUCAUGGGCUCUAUCCAGUUAGGCAUUCAGCACACGGUCGGCAGCUUGGCCAGCAAGCCCAAGAGGGAUCUGCUGAUGAACGACUUCUGGGAAAUGGAAACCAUUUCAUUUCCGCCAGAUGGCUCCUCCAUAACGCCUGCCCAUCACUACAGCGACUUCCGCUUUAAGGUCUACGCACCCAUAGCCUUUCGCUACUUCCGGGAUCUGUUCGGAAUCGCGCCAGACGACUUCCUGAUGUCCAUGUGUGCCUCACCGUUGCGGGAGCUCUCGAAUCCGGGAGCCUCCGGCUCCAUAUUUUACCUGACAACUGACGACGAGUUCAUAAUCAAGACGGUGCAGAAAAAGGAGUGCGAGUUCCUGCAGAAACUGCUACCCGGCUACUACAUGAACCUCUCGCAGAAUCCCCGAACGCUGCUGCCCAAGUUCUUCGGCCUGUAUUGUUUCCACUACAACUCAAAGAAUGUGCGGCUGGUAGCCAUGAACAACCUGCUGCCGUCGGAUAUCAAGAUGCACUGCAAGUACGACCUGAAGGGCUCGUCCUUCCGCCGCAAGGCCUCCAAGGCGGAGCGACAGAAGGCGUCUCCCACGUUCAAGGACCUCGACUUUGCCGAGCACCAUCCGAACGGCAUUUUCCUGGAGACGGACAAGUACAAUGCACUGAUGAGUACCAUCAGGCGGGAUUGCAUGGUGCUGGAGAGCUUUCAGAUCAUGGACUACUCGCUGCUGGUGGGCAUCCAUAACCUGGACCUGGCCGCCAAGGAAAAGCGCGAGGAGCGGAUCCUGAAUGCACGAGCCAAGCUGCAGCGCAAGGAGAGUGCCGCCCAGGGUCCUUCUUCCCUAAAUCCCGAUGAUGAUGCCCCAGAGGCUGAUCAGAAUCAGCUCCAUGCGGUGGCCUCUUACGCGUCCAUACCGGGAACUUCUGCUGGAGCCGCCCUCAACCGGACACGCAGUAUGAACCGCCAGCGUUUGGUCGCCCACUCCACGGCUCUGGAGUCCAUUACCGCUGAUAUGGAUGUGCCGCUGGAGGAGGACGAGGACGUGCCCGCUGGCGGCAUACCGGCUCGGUCCGAAAACGACGAAAGAUUGAUCCUGUACAUUGGCAUAAUUGACAUUUUGCAAUCGUAUCGUUUGGAGAAGAAGCUGGAGCACACAUUCAAGAGCAUCCUGUACAACGGGGACACGGUGUCCGUGUGCCGGCCAUCCUUCUAUGCCAAGCGUUUCCAGGACGCCAUGGGCAAACAGGUGUUCAAGAAGACGCCCACAUUUCCACUGAAACAUUCCCCCUCCAAGCGCAAGACCUCGACCACCCAGCUGCGUUCGCCCGUCUCGCGUCUGCAACCGCUGAGUACCCCAACAGGUGGCCGUCAGCCGGUGCUGACUAUGUCGGGGAUGUCGACACCACCGCCGGCCUUUGAUGACAUCUCCGAGGAGGACAUAACCGCCGCCUCCACCAACACGCUGCAGCAGAGGAACAGCAGCCAGACAAACAACAACCAGGGCGAGCAGGAGAUGGCCACCAGGGGAGGGAGCAGCACAACGGGCGGCAGCGGGGAGCCCAGCAGUGCCUAUCACACGCAGUACUCAUACGACGGCUCCGGGCGGACGGGUAGCGUUCUGACCAGCGACUUCAGCGACGACGAGUCCACGGGCACGGACCUGGGCUUAAGGUCACCGCAGCACCAGCACCGCACGCACCGGCUGACCAUGACGAGUGUCCAGGUCUCGACCGUGGGCCUCGACCCACCGACGGCAGAUGGAACAGAUCUGGUGCACUCGGAUGUCAACGGCAAGGCCUCCAUAACGACCACCACCAUGUUGACGACCACAAAGACGGCCCACAUCCAGGCGCCCAGCUACACGUCCACGCUCGUGCUCAACGAUUUGCCGCGUUGAUUUUCUGAGCGGGCUUCGGCGGGGUAUAAAGUUAUCAGGUGGAUGGAUGUAACUAGCCCUGUGUGUAUGUGUGUCUGCAAGGUGAAAGCGGGCGCUCCCCCGCCAAAAAGAAAAAAAGAGAAAUACUGCAAACGAGCUCGUUUAUCUUGAUUAUACACAAAACCGAAAAGCGAAUACGUAUUCGAUAUUAAAAUUUAUGUGGCGCCCUUGCUAAUUGACUGCCAACCAGACACGGCCCUCACACACACAUACACGCUGCUAGGGGAUUCCCCGUGCCUAUUAAAAUGUAUAAUUAUUAUUUUGCUUCGCUUUUGGUUGUAAUUUGUGUGUGUCGCCUUAACGGAAGUUUGUUUUAAUUUUUGAAAUUAUUGUGCACAAGAAACAAACUACUCAAUCGAAAUGGAAAGAAUAGUUAGGGAAAAGACCAUGUGGAAACUCAGUUUUUGUCUAUAUGUGUAUGUUGCUGUAUUAUAAAGUGCGUUUACGUAUUCUUAGAUGCUCAUGUAAAUAGAGGAACGAUAAUAAAUACUUACCUAUA